AUGUCAAAGAAAUCGUCAGAAAAACGAAUUUCUAUAGAAAGUCGAGGAAAACAAGAAAAUGGAAAUGAAAAUUUUGAACCACUAAAAUUGGAAAUAACACAGCCGGAGACAGCGAUUUUACUUUUAGAUUGUCAAGAAAAAUCAAUUCUUGCAACAGCUUGCGAGGCAUUAUUGAAUUUUGCCGAAAAAUCACCAGGAAAUCGAGAUGUUCUGUUUAAUCUUGAAAUUAUUGAAAAAAUCAUCCCUCUACUCAGCCAUGAAGAUAUUUUUUCCCGAAGAUGUGCUGCAAAACUUGUAUCACGAAUGGUGAAGAUUCCUUGCGUGAGAAAUUAUUUCUUACAGGAUGAUGAAAAUUUGCAGUUUCUAAGAAAUGUCUUGAUUAAUGAUUCAGACACAUUAUUAGAAGAAUCAACAUUAUUAAUUUUCGUCGAACUUACUAAUAAUCUUUAUGGGGUUGCUCGAUUUUUGAAGGAAAAUUCAGAAUAUAAUUAUUUAUUGAAAUUAAUGCAGUCUUCGGAUGUUGGCGUAAAGAAGAAUUCUAUUGAGAUUUUGAAUAAUUUAAUGAAUGAUCCUUUGGGAGCAAAGUCAAUUAUUUUUUCCCCUGAAUUCUCUUUGCAACCAAUUUACGAAUUAUUACAAAUACCCGAUUUAGUUAUUAACAAAUUAUCUUGUGAAUUUAUUGAAAAAUUAGUCACGAAGAGCAAGGAUGAAAAUUUACAAGAAAUAUUUAGAAAAUCGGGUGGUUUGCAGGAAGUACUGAAUAUUCUCGAAAAUGUGGAGUACAUAAAUAUUCAUUCUGAUGUUUUGAAAAUUUUAUCCCUUGCCUGUAAUAAUUCAAAAACUGUCGAUACGCUGAUUAGAGUAGGUGGAAUGAAAAAAUUAUUUAAAUAUUUCGAACAACAAUCAGAUGAAAAAAUCCCCCUCGACGUAUUGAGAGUUAUGGUAAACAUUGCUGAUACAAUUUCUGGAAAAAAGGUAUUAUUUUCUCACGACUUUGUUAAUUAUUUAUUAAAAAUUUUACGAGACACUAAUACUGAACCUAAUGUUUCUGGUUUAAUUUGCUAUGGAAUUGGAAAAAUGUCACAAUAUGGACCGGCUGCUGCUGAAUUAACAGAGGAGAAUCCAAUUAACAAUUUAUUGAAUUUUCUAAAAAACGAGAAUUUUGACUGGCGUUCAAGAUUAGCGGCCGCAUUUGCAUUAAAUGAAUUAAUGCAGUGUGAUUUCAAAAAUUGUCAAAACUUUUUAAAUAUUAAUGGACAGGACUUUCUUUAUCGGAUGAUUAAACAGACGGAAAAAGUGAUCGAGGAAAUUCAAAUAACAGUGUUACAAAUUUUAAAAUCAAUUGCUGAGUAUCCGAAAAUUAGAGAGACUAUAAUUAGUAUCGAAUUGAUGGAAGUUCUAUUUACACAGUUGAAAAUUGAAAGCGAUCGGCUAAAAAUGACAUGUUGCGAUACAUUGUCAACAUUUUGUAUAGAAGAAAUGGGAAGAAGAAUUUUCGCCAAUGUCAAUGGAACUAUUAGUUUGUAUCCCAUGAUUCUCGAGACCCAGUCAAUUCCAGUUAGAGAUUCUGCUGUAAAACUUGUUCAACAAUUGUGUUCUGAUCCAAUACUCGUUGAAUUAUUUAUUCGGGCCGAAUAUUUAUUAUAUAUGCUUCAACAUCGAAGUGCUGCGAAAAUUAUUCCCACUUGGGACAGUUGUAUUGAAUCGCUAAUGAAUGGACAUUUACCAAUUAAAUUUGCUUACACCGGAAGACUCUCUUUGCACGAUAUUACUCAAGAUGGAUUUUACGUUCUUCGUCGCAAUACUUGUCCAUUUCCUAUUUUGGAAGAUCUAUUCAGUUUGAAAGCUUGUCCCUUAGAAUCGAUUUAUGUGGUAAAUUUUAGUCAGCCAAUACAAAUAGAAUCCGAUUCAUACGAAAAGGUUGAAAUUGAAGAGAAAUCUAGAACAGGUAUUUUAAUUAAAAAUGAUUUUACAGAAGCUUCGGAACAAUUAAAAAGAGAAAGCAACUGCAGGGGAAUAAAAUUAACAUCAGUCACAUUAAGUGCCUGGUUAGAAUUAAAAUUUGGCAGAAUACAAACGGAUCCUUUUCUUUAUGAAUAUUUGGAACUACUAAAAUCUAGAAUUAAAACAUCCGAAUCCUACGAAAGGCAAGAGAAAAAUAUUUUAAAUUUGUACUGUUUGAAUAUUUUUCUCCAACAAAUGAAUAGCAAUAAUGAGCCCAAUCUCGUGGACAUUAGUUUAAUAGCGUCGAGGGCAAAAUUACUCGCCGAAUUUGUCGAUCGUCAGUUAUCGGGUCCUUCACCAUCAAACGGAUGUAUCGAUCAUCUAAUGAAUUUACAUCUGUGUGAAAUCAAAUGUGACAUUAAAACAAGUGUAAUUCCCUUGGGGCAACUUCGACUAGGAUCUUAUUUGGAGAGAUCGCUACUUUUUAAAGUUUUAGCCGAUAGAAUUGGUUUGCCGACUGCUCUUAUUCGCGGAGAAUAUGGAAAAACUUGGGUGGAAAUUUCUAUUCCAGUUUUGAAAUUAAAUAGAAAAAACCAUAUUUUUCCCACAAAACUUCUGCGAACAAAUUACAUUGUUGAUUUAAUGAAAAUCCCUGGCGAUCUACUACCAAUUGGUAGUAAAAGAGCGAUGAAUUAUUGCGAAAAGGAAUAGAAAAUCACAAACUGUUGCAAGUAAAAAUAUUUCCACUUUAAUAAUUUUCAAUAAAUUUCGAAAAAGUGAAAUAAAAUUCUUGCAUAUAGUAAAAAUUAUUUCACCUUUUUGUUUAUGAAUUUAAAAAAAAUAGAUGGAGCAUAAAAAUCUCGACUUUAGGAUUCUCUAAAUUCAUAGAGAACAAUCUGUUAUAUUUUUAAGUUGAAUGUGUCCUUGAAACGAAAAAGGUAACCGAAUAAAAUCGUGAGAAUGAGGUCAGAAUUCGCCAACCCUUUUAUAUUUUCUUUUUGUGGGUCCUUUGUGACCUCGUGAACGUAAAAUCUCGAGUAGAAUCGUAAAAUGAGUAUAGUAGAAAUAGUAGUAAUAGUAUAAAAUCCAAUAUUUAUCGAAAACGUCAAAAAAUAAAUUGAAGAAAUAAGAAAAUCUAAAA